AUUCCAGAAAGAAAAGGAAAUGCUUCAGAAGAAACUGUCAGAAUUAGAGCAAAACCAGAGGUGUUUCCAAAACAGAUUCUACUACAUCUCUACUAAUAAGAAGAGCUGGAGUGAGAGUAAACAGGUCUGCAAAGCAGGAGGAGCAGACCUGGUGAUCAUAAACAGCAGAGCAGAACAGGAGUUCAUCAGUAAAGCAUUUGGCAGCUCUGAAGCUUGGAUUGGUUUGACGGACAGCCACACAGAGGGGGACUGGAAAUGGGUGGACAACUCAGCUUUGACCACUGAGUUCUGGUGGACGGGGGAACCCAAUGAUUAUGAUGGAAAUGAGGACUGUGCUAUAACUGGCUAUAAAGGUGCUGGAUCUGAACGUUUAUCAACCUGGGCUGAUUAUCCCUGUGAUCAUCCUGUAGUUGGACUCUGUGAGAAAAGUUUAACUGAAUUUUAGUGAACAUGACCAGUAGAAAUUGAAAAAAAAAAACUUGUUUGUGCUUCAAAUGCUUUCAGUUCUUAAAGCUCUGUAAAUGUCACAGGCAUUUUAAACAUUGCUUAUUGUCCAUUGACUCAGUGUUUUUGAUGGCUGGCAUGGCAUAUGCAAGGGUGCUCAAGAUGAGACGUAGAAUGUGGCAUUUUUAGAGGAUAAACUUGUGCUGAAGCCUAUUUUAGCAAUAAUACUGAUGUAAAAGUGAAUGUUAAUGUCAAAAGUUUCAUUAAAUAAAAAAGACAAAUACAAAAAGCUUCCAGAACUGAGAGUAGACUGUUUUUUGCAUUACCAUGAAAUUAUAUUUGUAGGUAUCUGUGAGAAAAGUUUGUAAUUUAAUCUACAUGAACAGCAAAAUAUGUAUAAAAUAUUGGAGUUUUAUGUUGUAUAUUUCACAAUGCAAGCUUAUUUGUACAGCAUUGUCCCUAUCAAUAUUUUAACAAGGAUUCAAGUACAGAGUCAAGUGCAAAAAUAAUAAACCUUUUACUUGUAUUAGCCCUCAA